GCUGGCAAGUAGACUAAACGGUUAGAAUUAAAGUGUUGCCAUUGGGUUUACUAACUUGCUGCUAUGUAGUUAACAGGCUACAUCUUUCACUUUGCAAGAAUGCAUUGAAACUGCGGAGCAUUUGCGAGACAUAAACAGCACUCAGGCAGGCUCUCCGCGCACAUUCAGUAAGCUCGUGACUACCCUCCUACAAUACUUUGCGCGCCUGCUAGGAUCUCCUGCCAGUAACGUUUUACUUACAGCAGCACGAACAGAAUGCCCAAGUCAAAGGAAUUGUUGUCUUCAUCCUCUGGCAGUGACUCUGAUAGUGAAGUUGACACUAAGGCCAAGAGGAAGAGACCAGUGACUCCAGAGAAACCAGCAAAGAAACAGAAGGGCGGGGAAAGCUCCAGAGUGGGCGGGGCGUCCAAAAGCAGCAGCAGCAGUAACAAAGAUGACAACAUGUUUCAGAUUGGAAAAAUGAGGUAUGUGAGUGUUCGGAACUUCAAAGGCAAAGUUCUGAUCGACAUCCGUGAGUACUGGAUAGACCAGGAGGGAGAGAUGAAACCUGGGAGGAAAGGAAUCUCCCUGAAUCCAGAACAGUGGAACCAGCUGAAAGAGCAAAUCUCUGAGAUUGACGAUGCUGUGAGAAGGACAUAAGAUGUCUGCUUACUUCAGAUGCCUGGCAUAGUGUUCCUUUUUUAACUCCUUAAAAAAAAACUUUUUUCCAUUAUGGUUUCAUAUGUUUUUAUAAACGAAGACCCAUUUUUAAAUAAUGACCAGGACCACAUUGUGUAUAUUUUUAGCUCAGUGUUUUGUUUAUUCGAGCUGUUUGUUGCAACUUUCAUUGUAUAUCAUGAUUGUUAAUCAUUAAAAGUACCUGUAUGGUAGAUUUGGGGCGGGCUACAUAGGGUUUCAUUGGGUUGGGUUAGAACCAAUAAAACCAAUAGAGGUUUUACCGA